AUGGGCGUGACGAACGAGCCGCCAUACAUGGAGUACGAGAUCGAGAACGGGGAGUUCAGGGGGGCGUCUGGGUACGUCGUGGACGUGCUCGACGCGGCGGCAGCGCGCGGGGGCUUCACGUACGAGCUGGUGCCGCUGGACGAGACGCGGCUGCAGGCGGGGGAGGAGACGUACACGGGCCUGCUGAUUCGGACGAUCGCGGAGAACAACUUCGACCUCCUGGCAUCGGUGUGGUACGACACCGCGGAGAGGAAGCGGCUGGGGGUGCUGUUCGGGAGGCGCGUGAUCGACGUGAGCGGGUACGUCGUGGCGCCGAAGAACGACGUGUCGAACGAGCCGCCGCUGUCGGAGAAGCUGGCGCUCUUCACGCAGCCCUUCUCCGGGGGCGUGUGGGCGACCAUCGUCGGGCUGCUGAUCUUCCAGGCGACGGUGAUGUUCUUCCUGGAUCGGCAGCGCGUGAAGCGCGUGGCGAGGGAGCACCACGUCGUCGUCGAGCAGCUGCGCCACGAGGCCAGGAAGGACGAGGCUGCGCGGCAAGGCCAGGCGGUCGCCGCCGGCCCACCGGGCCCGAAGCCGCUGCCUGGCGCGGCGUUGUCGAUGCGGUGGAACAACGGGUGGACGGAUGAGGCGUCGUUUUCGCGGCGCGAGGUGGAGAAGCCGACUGCUGCUGAGGAGGCGGCGAACCUGCGUGCUCGGCUGGCGUGGGUGGACGCGCUGGCGCAGUCGGCGUUCGAGACAGUGUCGCACAUGGCCGCCGCCGAGGACGCGCCUAUGCCUGUCGCCUGGGCCGCGCGCGUGCAGAACGUCGUGUGGUGCUUCCUGGUGCUGCUCACCAUCUCGGCCUACACCGCCAACCUCGCGACGUUCCUGAUCGUGCGCUCGCAGCCGACGUCGAGCAUCAACGGCAUUGGGGACCUUCUGGGGCGGCGCAUCCCCACGUGCGUGCAGUUCGACACAGGGCUGGGGGAGUUCAUCAGUUCGAAGUACCCCAGCCUGAACGCAGUGCGGUCGCGGUGGUCCGACGGGCUCGCGAACAUCGAGGCGAAGAGGUGCACGGGCAUCAUCAUGGCGCUGUACGACGCGCAGCAGGCGCUGUCGAGCGGCGUCGGGUGCAGCCUGGCUGUUCAGGGGCAGCCGCUGGUGGACCUGAGCGGGGCGUUCGCGUACUCGCCGUCGUCGACGAACAGCUGCGGGCCGCAGGUGCUGGUGGUGAUGGACAGCCUGCUGGCGCAGCUCAGCGAGGAGGGUGUGCUUUCGGAGCUGUGGGAUGCGUACGUGCAGCGGCGGUGUCCUGCGGACCUGGAGGCGGAGAGCGCGUCUGCGAGCGACUCGGUGAAGCUGUCGAUGGAGGGCUUCUCGGGGCCGUUCUUGGUGUACGGCUGCGCGACGUUCUUGUUGAUAUGCUGUUCGAUCAUCGGUCACUGGAGGGAGCAGGCCAGGGGGCGAGGAGGGGGGUCGAACGAGACGGAGAAGGGCGCUCCUGGCCGCGCGAUGGGGCGGUUGCGCGGGGUCAAGGAGGAAACAAUAAGCAUAGAGCAAGAGCCAGAGUCAGGGUUGGCCAAGAACUUGUGA